CCACCCUCCAUCGCCCACCCACGCCGACGCACCAUCACAAUGUCUUUCGCUGUAUCUCGCGCGCUUGUCCGCCAGUCGCGGUUCGCUGUCCGCCGCGCGGGCGUCCGCAAUGCCUCGACCACCUCCGAGGCCGCCGGCGCCGCAAAGGAGAAGGCUGGCGACGCGGCCUCCAAGGUCCAGUCCAAGGCGUCCGAGGGCCUGACCAAGGUCAAGACCUCGGCUGAGUCUGCGGCCAGCUCUGCCAGCAAUGCUGCGAGCAACGCCGCGGGCACGGUUAACAGCGCGGCGAGCAAGGCCCAGGGCAGGGUUGGAAGGCUGGUUGGGGCUGUUCAGGGACUGAUCCCCCAGGCCACAUACUACGGCCGCGUUACCCUCGAGCUCGGCAAGCUCAUCGUCCAGCAGCGCAGCAUGGCACCACCUUCCAUCCAGACCAUCCAGGGCUACCUCCAGCCCGCGCUGAACGCGCUCCGCCACCCCGCCUCCAUCGCCAACACGCUCAGCCCCAACACGCUCCUCAGCCAGGUCCGCGGCGCAUCGAGCGCACAGUACUGGAGCGCUGGUGUCGUCGCCGCCGAGAUCCUUGGUUUCUUCUCCAUUGGCGAGAUCAUCGGUCGUUUCAAGCUCGUUGGGUACAGGGAGAAGGGGCACGGUGGUGACAGCGAGGCCCACGCAUAAGGGAGCAGCGGCGGCACGUGAUUCGUUGUAAUAUCCCAACGGCGAGUCGAGGAUGACUGAAGGGGGAGGAAGCAUGUGGACUGGCGGCAAAGGAUGGGGUGUACGAUUCCGAGAUGAAUUGGAGGGUGCACACGACAUGGGACUGAUGGCCCAAAAACAACUGUACUACUGCACAUAGCUCUGAUUCUAGAUUUCCUUUUCCUGACAACCGCACUGUGCAACGGCUCGCAAUACACUUCUUUCGUAUC